CAGGUUCGGUGUCCUCUGUACGGAGCCAGGCCCAGCGCGCUCCGGGGUGGCCUAGGCUGCUCCGCGUGCGGCUGGCGCAGCCUGUCGGCGGCCCAGGGCGCGAAAGGGGGGGGCACGUUACAGGGGAAAGCUGCGAGCCCGGGGCGGGGGCUGCUUUGCCCGAGGGACAUCAAACUGCCAGGUCACACUCGGGAACUGGCUUCUGGCCCACUGCUGGGAUUAAAAUGCUUUAUCUGAUUGGACUAGGGCUGGGAGAUGCCAAAGACAUUACCGUGAAAGGGCUGGAGAUCGUAAAGCACUGCCGCAGAGUGUACCUGGAGGCCUACACGUCGGUCCUAACUGUAGGGAAAGAAGCACUGGAGGAGUUCUAUGGGAGAGAAUUGAUUCUGGCUGACAGAGAAACAGUGGAACAAGAAGCGGAUAACAUUUUAAAAGAUGCUGAUCUCUGUGAUGUUGCUUUUCUUGUAGUUGGUGAUCCAUUUGGGGCCACAACGCACAGUGAUCUUGUUCUCCGUGCAGUAAAGCUUGGAAUUCCAUACAGGGUUAUUCAUAAUGCUUCCAUAAUGAAUGCAGUGGGCUGCUGCGGUUUACAGUUGUACAACUUUGGAGAAACAGUUUCUGUAGUUUUCUGGACGGAUACAUGGAAACCAGAAAGCUUUUUUGACAAGAUUCAGAAGAACAAGCAGAAUGGAAUGCACACGCUGUGCUUACUUGACAUAAAAGUAAAGGAGCAAUCUCUGGAAAACCUGAUGAAAGGAAAGAAGAUUUAUGAAUCGCCACGGUACAUGAGUGUGAAUCAAGCUGCAGAACAGCUUCUUGCCAUUGUUCAAAAUAGGAGGCUUCAAGGAGAAGAACCAGAAGUUACGGAGAACACACUCUGUGUUGGCCUAGCAAGGGUGGGUGCCAUGGAUCAGAAAAUUGCUUCAGGCACCUUACAGCAGAUGUCCACAGUAGAACUAGGUGGCCCACUACAUUCCAUGAUCAUAGCAGGCAAUAUGCAUCCUCUGGAAAUAGAUAUGCUUAAGCUCUUUGCUGUGGAUGAAUCGAGCUUUGAAGACAAUGAAUGUCAAAGGAACACUUGAAUAAAGAGCCUUUACCUGC